AUGGCUUUGGCUAGUUUGGCUUUGAAAUCUUUGCAGCAGAGGAUGGUUUCUCCUUCAUCUUCUUUGUUGUCUCGAAAUGUUAAUAUCGGUGCUACACCUUACUAUAAACAAAAGUGGACUUCUGAAUUUCUCCGGCGUCUUUCGACGGAGGCAGGCGAAAAAUCAGAGGGCGGCGCCACACGAGAGGUGGCCGUUUCCGAAGGUGGUGACAAGAAGUUUAAGUUAUUCCCAAGGAGGAAAAGUAGAAGGGGUCUAUGGAGAAGUAACAACCGUGACUUUGUUCCUGCUCCUUGGGAAUUAUUUCCAUCAGGGCUUGGAAAUGCUUUACUACAAGCAACUGGAAACAUUAACAGAUUAUUCGAAAAGUUGUCACCUUCUAACCUCAUUGGCAAGUUAAAAGAGAAAAAUGAGUGCUACAAACUGCGAUACGAGGUUCCGGGGCUUGGCAAGGAUGACGUAACGAUAACGGUAGAGGAUGGAGUUCUUACCAUAAAAGGAGAGCACAAAGAAGAGGAAGAAGAGGGAUCUGAUGAUGAAUAUUGGUCAUCCAAAAGCUACGGUUACUAUAAUACAAGUCUUUUGCUGCCGGACGACGCGAAAAUCGAUGAAAUUACUGCUGAGAUUAAGGAUGGUGUGCUGACCAUCACCGUGCCAAGGAUUGAGAGGGAUGAGAAAAAUGUCAAGGAAAUUAAAGUGAACUGA